AUGGCAGAUUUUUUUUGGGGUUGGGACAAGGAAAAAAGAAAGUAUCAUUGGGCCUCUUGGGAUACGAUGUGCCUUCCUUUGGAUGAGGGAGUGGUGGAUUUUCAGAAGCAAGCAGACAUUAUGGGGUCGAUUCUUGAGAGCAAAAUACUGUCAAAGGGCUCAUCCGGUAGCAAAAAACUACACACGGGGCAAUCUUUGGAACACAUGCUGGACGAGGCAGUCUGGAAAACUUCUGAGAAAGGGCAGUUCUCCUGUGCUACUGCCUGGGAACACAUUCGUCACAGGAAGGAGAAAAAUAAUUGUAGUAAGAACAUCUGGCAUAAGUUAAUCCCGUUUAAAAUUUCUUUUUUAGUGUGGAGGGCAUUGCGUGGUAAGCUCCCCACUAACGAAAGAAUUAUUAAAUUUGGGAGGGAGGCAGCCCAAUGUUCCUGCUGUUACAGCCCUGGGGAAGACACCAUAGAUCAUAUAUUUGUAACUGGUCAUUUUGCUAACAAUAUUUGGAGGUUCUUUUCUGCAGUUGCAGGGCUGCCACAUGAGCACUCCACAAUUCACACACUGCUGCAGAAAUGGAGGAACCUGGCGCAGGCAACUGAAGUGCAGAAGCUGGCAACCAGGCUGCUGCCAGUCAUCAUUCUCUGGAAUCUCUGGAAAAAUCGCUGCGCAGCAAAAUACGGAGCAAAGCAAUCCAACACAGCUUGA